CAAUGAGCAGCUUUCUUUUUUGGGGGUAACAGACCUGGGUGAUAACAGAUAGAAGUUAGUCUUGAAUCCAGACGCAAGCACAGAAAACCAAGAGGCAAUUCACAAUAACAUCGACGUCGCCAUUCACGUCGGCGCACAGGCUAUAUCUCAAGUCUUUAUACAGACGCAUGCUCAUUGACAGGAAUGAGCUGGGCUGUAAGGUGAGAUUUAGGGAGGGGCAUCUUUUAUUUUACUUGGCUCUCAGAAAAGGUCCUCACAUCGCACCAUGCUAUCGUCCAUCUCCAGAACACAUGUCGAUGUUUACUCGAGCAAUAAUUAGUGAAUAUGACUCCUCAAUUCAAUUCAACGUUGCUAUGCAAAGAAAGAAAGAAAAGUUCGCCAUCCCUCACAAUUGCACCAGAUAGAUGCCAACUCCCUCGCCCUCCGGUACAAGCCCACUGACAUUCGUCCUGGAGUUAACGCUGAACACCCUCUCCACCUGCUCCGUUGCAUUCGUCAAUCCACCCAAUCCGAUGACAUCAAAGGCUACAAAGGACGGGUCUAAGAGGGUGUUGGUGAGGAUGAUCAGCGCGGUGUUGGGUCCGAUAGUAGCGUUGGAGCCAACGGGGGAGUCGCGUGCUAACAAAGUUGGGGCAUUUUCCAGUGAGCUGACGGUAGAAUUCGAGGCAAUGGUGCCAUUCCACCAGAUUCCGACAUCGACACCAUUUAUGAAAUAUGAGUCGAAUUUUCCAUCCACGGCUUCAUUCACCCCACUACUGAUGCCUUCACCAAACACGUAUGGCAAUACCACACUGUCAAAGACGCCGCUAAACCCAGGUGCAGUCCCUUCGAUGGUGGUCACAUUACCUGUCGUCGUCGGAUAUGAGAACGAGACGGAUCCACGGGCGCCGUGGGUUAACGACAAGAAAGUGA